GCGAUCUAAUUUGGUCCUUAAUACAGUAAUGACAACCCAACAUGGCUAAAGUGAAAACACGGCAGUUUGUUGUAUUGGAUAUUCCAGAGGGAGUGAAGUCCAAGGAUUUGAAAGAUGCUUUAGCAUUUGCUAUUAAUGAUGAGGUGUCUGUUGAAUUCUUUAGUCAACUUGUGGGCAGAGCUGAACUAACCACAGAAUCCUGUCAUCCAAUAGCUAAUAUACAACUAAGACUUGGAGAGCAAACUGUCACCUUUCAACCCCAAGUCUUUGAUCGGGCAAUUGUGUCUGUUGAAGAGCCUGUGCUUGAGCUUUUAUCUGAUGGCCCCCUUAAGAAGAAGCUAGAAGAGUUGCAUGUAGUUGUUGGUAAUUGCUCUCUCUCUGGAAGCUUUUGUUCAUUGCAAGCAGCUGAACACAUGAUCAUGCGGCAUUUAAUGGAACCGCAGUCUGCAAUGAAUAAUGGCUAUCAGCAGGGUGCACACAACCAUUUAGAUGAUGAUGAAAUUGAAACAAGAACAAAAGAAACUGUGGGUGGAAAGAAUGGCCCUAUGCGUAAAUCACCUGAGGUGAAGCAAAAUCUCACGGAUGUCAAUUCUGAGAAAAACUUUAAACCAAAGAAAGAAAAGCAUGGGUCAACAGAAAGGAGUGGAAAACCAAUGAAAGCAUCACCUCAGGCAGAUGCCGGUACUGAAUCUUCGAAUCAAGAUGAGGGUUUAAGUUCUAAUGAGAAUAUUAACUCGCAGGGAGCAAGAUACACACCUGACAAAUAUUCAGAUUACUCCGUAAAAGAUAAGAAAGAUGGCAGUUACAUGGGGUCAGCAGAGCUGAAUGCAAAAACUAAUUUGUCAUUGCACACUCAAGGGGAAGAAUACCAGUCACUGGGUAAUGAGGGGAAGACACAGAUGCGCAGAAGUCAAGUUACAGGCAUAGGCUAUGAUCAUCUUGAUCAUGAUAGGUACAACAGUGACCACUUUUCAGGUAUUGGUGAAAAUAGUGCAGAAAUUGCCCCUUCUUUGUAUGUGUGUGCAGGAGCAUCAGAGGAUGAGCAUCUUUCUGGAGUAAAAGAUGAAGAAACAGGUCAAAAAACCAAAGCUAUUGAAUCCAGAAUGACAGAAGUGAAUGGCAAUCUUGGUUUGUUACAUGCUGUAGGACCUCUGGAUAAGGAUUUGGUGCAUUGGGUGCUUGAGAGGCAAAAUCGAGAGAUUACAAAAAUUAAAGAUGAGCAUGGGAUCCAACUGCAGUUUCAGGAAAAGAGUCAAGGGAGGAUGUUGGUCAACAUUUUAUGUCCAGACCUUAAAAGUGGAUAUAAUCCAAAAACAGUAAUUGAUAAACUAACUGCAUUAUUUCAGGGAGUCUACAGAGCAGAUUUUUAUGGUCCUCAUGUUUCAAGUGAAUCAUUGGACAGCUUAGUCUCGAAAGCAAAAAGCAUUUGUUCAGUGGUCAGUGUGAAAACGAAAAAUGAUGUGUUGUCUUUGAUUGGCCAAAAAGAUGAUGUUCAGAGGACUCAUAAGGUGCUGUCUCAAGAUAUAAUUAAAUUUGGAUAUCCACUAGAAUCCUCAGGAGUCCGGCCCUUUGAUGUACCAACCACUGGAGAUGAGAAACUCCCUAUGGCCAUGCUUAAUUCAGAUCUACCAAAGAAACUUUCAAGCACAAGUCCUGCUGACGUUAGUCAUGACCAAAUUCCAGUGGAUAGAGACAUUUGGGAUUAUCUUAGUGCAUUCCAUGGGGACAGGCUCAAAGAUAUUAGAAGAAAAUACAGUGUUUCAUUUCAAGUCAUUACAGCUGGUGACUCGUAUAUGCUUCACCUGGUCAGUAAUUAUAAUAGAAUGCCACAGGUUCCCGAUGCUGCAUUUGAGGAGGUAGCAUCACUUCAUCAGGAAUUAUUUGGACGAUUGAAAAAGGAAGUGGUAAAUUUAGAAGGUUCCCAAAAUUCAAAGAAAGAGAUGAACAUUUUGACAGCCAAAAAGAAGUUUCCCAAUGUUUUGUUCGGGGAUGGGAGCUCGAAGAAACUUUCAUUACUUGGACCUGGUAGUGAUGCUUUUAAAGCAAAGUCAUGGUUAAGAAAACAACUAGGUCUUACACCUCGAAGAUCGAGUUCACUUAACAGGGGGAAACAAAGAGAGUCAAGUCCAGAGAGAAGUAGGCCAGCAACACACCAUGAAAAUAGUGGGUCAAGAGGCAGGCAGUCUAGAAGAGACAGCCACAGUUGUAAUGCCAAGAGACAAACAUUUCACACCAGUGAAGGGAUCACAUUAGUUGUUUAUAAAGGAGAUAUCACAAAAGACGAUGCUGAUGUAAUAGUCAGUGCUGCCAAUAACCUAUUGAACAAUUCCGCAGGUGUAGCAGGGGCCAUCUCCAAAGCUGCAGGUGGAAGUGGGUCAGAACUGGAAAGGGAGUGCCGGAGCUAUAUAAGAAAGUAUAGUCAGUUACCAACUAGGUGGGCUAUGAAUACCAGUGCUGGGGGACAGCUUCUCUGUAAGAAAGUCAUUCAUGCAGUAGGCCCUGUGUACACAUGGAGUUAUGAGCAGUUUCAAUCAGAUUUGUAUAGGACUUUCUUGGAGGUCUUGCAUCAUGCUGACAAAAUUCUUUCAGCACAUUCUGUCGCCAUACCAUUGAUAAGUGCAGGAAUAUCUAGAAUGCCUGUUGAUUACUGUGCUUCAGCACUUGCCCAAGCCAUUCAUUCUUAUAGCAAACAGAAAGGUCCUAGAGCACUCAAGGAGAUACGAUUGGUAAACAUCACUGAUAAAGCUGUUGCAGCCAUACAGGCAGCUUUUAAUGGCAUGUUUCUCACAGAUAUUUCUACACAUGAAACUGAGAGCUCUGAAAGUGAUACCACUAAAUAUGAUGCGAGAAGUGCUCAAAGAAAGCCUUCCAGAACAGUGGUGGUACAUAAAGUAGGAGCUGCAAAUGCAAAUCCUGGGUCAGUAACAGCUACCAAAUACAGGAAUGAAGGUAGUGGAGCUCAGCAGAACGGAUUAACCAAUGAGAGUAAAGAUCACAUCUCCAAAGGUUAUCUGCUGAAUGACAGAAGUGAUAUGUAUAAGUCACCAGUGGAGCAUAAGAGAGUGGAAGCUAGGGAUACUGCCAGUUCAUUGCCAGAGAGAGAGUAUAUUUUCAAGAAGGCUCAUUACACAGGUGCACCCCCACAGCAGCAUGAUGUUACAGAUGGUGGAAAUUACCCAAGAUUUGACUCAACUUCUUCAAGGAAAUCCACUUGUGCACAGUGUAAACAGAGUGUUCAUAGUCGCAGACAUAUUUGCAACCACUGUGGCCACAUAUUUUGCACUUACUGUUUUACACAUAAUAGAUUACUAAAAUGUCCUGUAUGUUCUCCAAAACUUGAGCUGUCAAAUGCGACCUCAAAAAGGCAUGACUCUGCACAACAGCCUCUUAACACAGGGUCAAUCACACCAGUUAGCCAGGCAACACAACACAUAACAGACAUAUCAUCUGUGACGAGAAGCAGUGUGUCAGGGGGUAUGACACAACAUCUUGAAGUUGGCGACAGUGACGACAACUGUGCUAUCUGUAUGUGUGACAAAGACAAUCCCAAAACUUUGCCCAUUUGCAAGCAUAGUUUUUGUACAAGCUGUAUUGAUGAGUACUUUAAGUGUGGGAAACCAGUGUGCCCAGUGUGUGGAGUCAUCUAUGGCGUAAUCCAAGGAGACCAACCAAGUGAUGGAAAGAUGACAUGGGAACUUGACAGAAGUGUUCAACUUCCUGGCUGUGACAGGCGAGGGGCUUACGUCAUCACCUACACAUUCCCCUCUGGCAUUCAAAAGGAACAUCAUCCAAACCCAGGACAGCGCUAUAAGGGCAUACUGCGUCAAGCAUAUCUUCCUCAUAACAAAGAAGGAAGAGAGAUCCUGCGUUUGCUGGAAAAAGCUUUUGAUGCAAAGGUGAUGUUCACCAUAGGACAUUCCAGAACAACAGGAAGAGAAGGGGUGAUAACGUGGAAUGACAUCCAUCAUAAAACUAACAUAUCAGGAGGCCCCACUAAUUUUGGCUAUCCAGAUCCUGGGUACCUUCAGCGGGUUAGGGAAGAACUAGCAGCUAAAGGGAUCAAGUUGGAUAAUAAGUCAUAAUCAAUUGAGAAACAUGCAAAUAUAUAAUAAGAAAUUCUUAAAAUGAAAAGGGAGAUUUCAAUAAAUGAUUAAGACUCUAUAAUGAAUGCAUAUAAGAGGAAAUUUUUGAUCAGUAAACAAGGAAAAAUGUUUGUUUUAUUUCAUGUGUUGAUGACAAUAUUGUAGAACACAAUAGAAAUUUAUAAGUUUUUGAUUAAGUUCAUUAUUUGAUUAAUUGUUGUUUGUGUGUGUUAUACCAGGAAAGGUAACACCAGAGAAUGUAUUUAUCAAUUUAAAGAAAUAUUAUGUGAUUGAGUAAUUGCAUAGUUUGAUAUACAUAUAUAUAACAAUGCCAAUGAUAUUUAAUGCUAAUGAUAUUUUGAGUUUUAUGUUGUCAGCUUGAUUUAAGUACAGUGUAUAUAGUCCAGACUGUCCACAACUAGACUCUAGGACUUCUUAAACAUUUUCACAUAUUUGUUAUUAAACAAUUAUUUUUUUAUUCUGUAAAAUAUAUUUAAAAAAAACAAUGUAAAGAAUAUACUACUGUCUUGAGAGCUUUUGCAUUAUAAAUUGGAAUUACAUGUGUAGAUGCAAGCAAGCAUAUCUGUCAUUUUGUUUAAUUGAAUCUUGAGUGGUAUAAAUAGCAUAAGUUGAUUCAACUUCUAUUGGAUUAGUAUAUUUGUAAAGUGGCAUUCUCGGAGAAAAAAAUCUAAAAAUGUAUCAAUGCAUAAGGAUUGUAUUGUGUUGAUUUCCUUUUCUCUUGGAAAUGUUAUGACCAAAAUCAUAAAAUUGUAGUAUAAUAGAUCUUUUGUAUUUCUUAUAUCUAACACCUACAAUCUGAGUUACUUAUGCAUUUCAACAGUGGCAGCAACAGCUUAGCAUGUAAUUAUUCUUCUGGUAAACUUCAGACAGUGCCACUGGUUAAAUAUGUGAUGAUAUUAUGGAGUAACUAAAACAUAUCAAAACUAGCAGAUUCCAUUUGUUUCUAAUCUUCUUCCACAGCAAAACCACAAGGUUCAAGCCCAUUUCCCUGUAAAUAUGUAAAAAGACACUGCAGGCCCGAAGCCAACAGAGGAGGUUCUUUUUCUGAAAAAGUGGACCUUUUACCAUGAAACCAACAUGCACCUAGAUCAGCAUGUGUCCAGAGCUGACCUUUUUCAGCAAAAAGUGUGGUUAGUUCGAACACCCUCGAAUCCCCCUGGCUACAGGCCUGCAUUGAUUUAAUUAUGUAAAUCCAGUUUUUCUGUACUUGUCUACCUUCAGGUUAUAACCAAGCAUAGAGUAUGUGUUUUAUGUUUUAUAUGAUCUUAGUUUUGAAUUGAUUUUGUCAAACUGAGCACAGAUUUAGGCUUCGUUC